CUUUUAAUUUUUUUUUAAUUUAGUCUUUGAGUCCUGCAAUCUAGUUCAAAUUUUGUUGGGUGUGAUUUCAAAAUAAGUCACACCCCUGGUUCUUUAAUGAAAUUGUCCCUGUUUAUUUGGAAAUUUUGCUCGGAAGACCAGACUUACCCCAGUGGCAGAGCCUGAGGCUGAAAUUGGCACAGAAUGAAUUCCAUGAUGAAGGCAGCUCCUAUUUUUCUCUUCUUCCUUCUUAUUUCGAUCCUAGUUUCUAUUCCAUUGAUCGGUUUCGUGUUUGUUCUCCCUGGGUUAGCGUCUGCUAAGAAGACCGCUGAUGUAACGGAGUUACGGAUCGGUGUGAAGCACAAACCAAAGUCAUGUGAAGUUCAGGCACAUAAAGGCGAUAGAGUCAAAGUACAUUAUCGGGGAAAACUUACUGAUGGAACUGUUUUUGAUUCUAGCUUUGAAAGGGAUAGCCCAAUUGAAUUUGAGCUUGGUACUGGACAAGUGAUCAAAGGGUGGGACCAAGGAUUAUUGGGAAUGUGUCUUGGUGAGAAGCGCAAGUUACAAAUACCAGCAAAACUUGGCUAUGGAGAGCAGGGUUCCCCCCCGACUAUUCCUGGUGGCGCAACCCUCAUUUUUGACACUGAACUCGUAGGAGUGAAUGGGAAAACUUUAACAGAAGAAAAACCAGACUCUGAGCUUUAGAGAUGUCAUGUUCCUUCCCAUGAGAAGACAGACAUGACUUCGGCUGUUCUUGUUAGCUUAUUUGACUUUAAACCUUCACCCUGUUGCUAAAUUAGAAAGAUUUUAGUUGGCGGACCCAAUCGUUCCAUUGCUUAUUUAUCAAGUGUUCGGAAUGUUAUGAGAAGUCUCAAAAAUAAUUCUUGGUUUUUGUUUGAUGAGUAUCUCAACCCUUUAUCUAUAAUGAGAAGAAUUACUGUUAAAGUGUGA